GUUCAAGCCCAGCAUUCAUUGUGCGUGCUGAUGUGGCUUCGAGAGCAUAUUGUGACGUUGUGAAUAAUACCACUAAAGAAAAGCAUAUAAUAAGCAGCCAAAGGACACUUGACACCAACUAUGGUUGGUACACGUGUGUAUGUGGGCGGCCUGAACCACCGUGCUGGCCAAAGAGAUGUGGAGCGUUUCUUCAGAGGCUAUGGCCGCCUCAGGGACAUAGUCAUCAAAAAUGGAUUUGGCUUUGUAGAGUUUGAUGAUGGCCGCGAUGCAGAUGAUGCUGUCUAUGAACUCAAUGGCAGGGACCUCAUGGGAGACAGGGUUGUCGUAGAGUUGGCCCGAGGGUCGGCAGACAUACCAAGGUACUCGAGUGCAUACCGUGGCAGGUCAGCAGCUCCUGUGUACGCAAGUCCCCCGCGCAGGUACGCUCAGCCCAGCCGGACCGAGUACCGCCUCAUCGUCGAGAACGUGAGCAGCCGCGUCUCCUGGCAGGAUCUCAAGGACUUCAUGCGCCAGGUCGGAGAAGUAACCUACGCUGAUGUCCACAAGGGACGUCGCAAUGAAGGCAUCGUGGAGUUCGCGAGCUCGCGCGACAUGCGCAACGCACUCCACAAGCUCGACGGCAAGGAUCUCCACGGCCGCCGCAUCCGCUUGUACGAGGAGAACAAGCGUUCCCGACGCUCUCGCUCCUACUCGCGCUCUCGCUCGCGAUCACGAAGCCGCUCUCGUUCCCGCUCUCGCUCCCGUUCUCGUUCCAGACGUCGCUCGAGAAGUCGCUCUGGGUCUCGCUCGCGGUCGAGGUCUCGCUCGAAGUCUGGAGACCGCAAGCACUCGCGCUCGCGUUCCAAGUCUCGCGACAAGAAGUCCAGGUCGCGCUCACGUGACCGCAAGUCUCGCUCACGUUCACGUGACAAGAAAGAUGACCGACGCGAUUCACGUGAUCGAUCCAAGUCCAAAUCUCGAGAUCGAUCUGCGUCGAAGCCGCGAGACAGAUCUGCUUCAAAGGAACCUGAUCGUUCUAAAUCCCGCGAGCGCGACGCAUCUCGAUCGAAGUCUCGUUCGGCUGAACGCGAGAACGAACGAGCAGCUUCCGCGUCGCCUCGUAGGGCAGAGCGAUCUCGAUCUCGGUCGCGGUCUCGUUCUGCGAAUGAUGAUGCGGGGAUGGAAGACGAGCGUCGUUCGUCGCGCAGUCGCUCUCCUGCGAACAGCAAAGACGACUCGCCCCACAGUCACGGGGGUGACCACGAUGAGAACAGCCGCGCUGAUGACGAGGAUACCAUGUAGUAACUUGAUCGCUGUUGCCGUCACCUAAAACGUUAAUUCAAUGUUGAUCCACACAUUUGUCUGUUGCAGUACAAAAACAAUAAGAGCAUCGCGCUAUUGCCAUCAAUAAUACUAUGAACUCAGCUGUCUUGAAUCGUCUGGAGUGUUUAGAAUGUUCGAGAGUACUUGUUGGGAAGGUGCAUUUGCUCUUCAAAUGCGCUUACAGUGAACGUUUCAUUUUGCAAUUUUCUAUUAUAGUUUUUUCUGCACCAGAUCCGGUCUGUUGAAAACUGGUUUGUAAUUCGGUCUCGCUUGUUCCCGUAUUGUGAGCUUCGUUUCUGCUUGACACUCGGUUAAGUCGUUAAUUCUGAAAUUUAUGCGCACCAUUUUGUAGGCUACACCUAAAACGAGGAAGACUUCUAAUAUCCUCUCCCAUUGAUGGUCAAGCCUAUUAAUUUUGUAAUUACUGUUCAUCAAAUUUACGUUAACUGCAUUAAUUAUUAUUUCUAAGGUUUAAUCUCUCGUAAGAAGGCGUUGAUGGGCCUUUUGUGUGGUCAAUAUUCUCGUAUUUACAAUGAAUAUCUUCACAGAGCCGUGACUUAUAACGAUCGCGAGACUCGCUUGUUCACAUUUAUUCAUUAGCGUUAGCACUGAUAGAUAUGAAGAAGUUUUGAGCCCGAUAUGGGCAAGGUACAUCUCUUUUCCUAGCCAUAAUGUAUCUGGGACUGUGUACACUCUAGAACUUAUGUUUGAUUUUAUGUAGUGGCGCGUCUUGUUGCAGUAGUUGACUACUCUGGUCUUUACUAUUCUGCAACAAUUGACAUCAUUCCAUCUUGAUUCGAAGAACAUCAAUUAUCUAAACUCUUCUAGUAAAUGGAUCAAGUUAUCAAUUAUUGCAUAGACAGUAAGUUCAGAAUAAUCGUGAAUUGCAAAUACGACAAUACCGACUAUGAAGCGUUUCUUCAAACAAGAUAGGAUUUUGCAUUGAAGAGAAAUGUUUGCUGUAGAUUAAUUUGAAAUUCUGUACCAGUUGAGUUAAUGUAACAAUGCUGCCGGAUUUUUAAGUUUCAAUUACACUUUGAAAAAUAUACGUUAUUAUGGUCGCA